AUGGCGCCUAAAAAAAUCCACCCGUUCAAAAAGGCCCUCUGGUUCCCCGAAUCCGAGUACGCUGCCCGCCGCGCAAACGCGCUCGCCCUCAUGAAGCGCGAAAACCUCGACGGGUUCCUCAUGACGAAACAAGAGUCCCUCUACUACUUCACGGGUUUCGACACCUUUGGCUACGUCUUCUUCCAGGCCAUGUACAUGCACCGCGAUGGGUCGAUGAAGCUCAUCACGCGCAUCCCCGAUCUCCGACAGGCGCUCUUCACCUCCGUCCUCGAGCAGAAGGAUAUCCUCAUCCGGUCGGAUGACGCGGGGAGCAACCCCGUCUCGCUUGUGCCCACGGUGCUGCGGGGGUUUGGGAUCGAUGACGAAACGAAGAGGAUCGGGUAUGAGCCGGACUCGUGCUCGCUUACGCAUCGGCUGGGCAAGGCGCUGGAGGAGGCUGUUCGGGGUGUCUGUACGCUUGUGGACCACAGUGACUUGUUCACGCGGGAGCUGCGGAUCGUCAAGACCGAGGCGGAGAUGCGCAAGGUGCGCAAGGCGGCGUAUCUGGCGGAUUUUGCGCUCGUGCGGACGCUGAAGCUCGCAAAGCCGGGCGCGUACGAGGGCGAUCUGUGGCGCGAGAUCACGGGGACCGUGUACGAGGGUGGCGGGGACGAUCCUGCCAAUGAGAAUAUUCUUGUCUCCGGGAACAAGGCUGUGCUGACGCGGUAUUCCGCUGGGAAGGAUACGAUUGAGAGACAGCUGACGGCGGAGCAUGCGGCUGUCUACAAGCACUACCAUGCGUGCUUGAUGCGGACGAUCCCGAUCGGGGGUGUGACGAAGCUGGCGCGCCGGAUGCACGAGGUGAAUGUGUUGCAGAUGAAGGCUGCGAUGGAGGCGCUGAAGCCGGGCAAACCGAUUGGGGAUGUCUUCGAGGCGUAUGCGCGGGUUGCGGACGAGAACGGGUUCCGCGACCAGCGGUUCAACUCGUGUGGAUACUCACUGGGUGCUACAUUUUCACCGACGUGGAUGGAUUUUCCAAUGUUUGUGCGCGGGCAGGAUGUGAUUGCGAAAAAGGGGAUGGUGUUCUUUAUUCACAUCAUCCUCAUGGACAAGGCGACGGAUACGGCGAGUUCGGUUGGACAGACGGUCGAGGUGACCGAGGAUGGCUGCGUGAGUUUGUCGAAGCUCCCGUUUUGCCUGACCAGGAAGCAGACGCUCGCUGCUUGGAAGAAGAUCCGCAAGGAGGAUUACGGGUUCACGAGCGAAGAAGAGGACGAAGGCGAGAAUAUCCGCGACAUUGAGCUUUCGGACGGGGACGAGAAUGCCGACGAUUACGAGGUCGAGUAUGACUUUAGCGAGUACCAGUCUGCAGCGGCCUUGGGGGAUCCCACGCAGGCGGCUUAG